GGGCGUGCGCCUGUUGAGGCGCCCGCCUUUGACGCRGUUUUUUUCGUAAGUACGCGCGGGUCCUAUUACAAGGUUUUCUAGUUAGCACCAUGGAGGUUCAGCCAGAGGACGCGGAGCAAUUGGAUGGAAGAUCGGCGGCCCCUCCAGUAAGAGCCGAUAUCCCGACGUCAGACGAGGACCGAAUGAAGAUCUUGAUUGYCAAAUGUUAUGAGGAGGGUACAAUUCCAGAGAAGUUCCGUCACGGAGAGUGGGUGGUGGAGAAUGGAGUACGGUUGUUUAAAGUGACGCCAGGGUUGGACGCCCUGGUGACAGCUUGGCUCAAAGAAAGAACAGUAACUGUGAUUUUUCAAGGCGAUGCAAGGGAUUUACCACAGAGAAUUAGAGAAGACUUGGUGCGGGCGUAUGAGAAUGGGUGGUACCGAGACAGAGUAUUUGACAGGUCAGUGAAGAGAAGGAGAAUUCAUGGAGAAGGUCCAAACGUCCUCUCCUAUGUUGCAAAGACCAGGGAGGUAGCUCAGUGGAUGAUCACCAAAGAGGAAGAUAAGGUUACGAUUCGUGGAGUGGAGUAUGGGAUGCUGUUCAAGCCAUGGAUGACCAAGGUGGAGCUGGAUGAGAGGAGGCGUCAGGAUGAAGAAUCGAAGUUCUGGGUGGUCGCUUUAAGGGUUCCCCUUAGAACGAUGUUCCAUGUGGAAGAUAUGAUUGAAACCUCUAUGGGGAAAAUCAUAAAAUCUCUCCCACCGGAGCCGGACAAAUCGCGACCGAAGCUCAUGAAUUUAAAAUUUGAAUUAGUUCGGGAAGCGGAGGAGAGAUUUGAGGAGGAACUCCCAAUUAAGUUGGAGGAUGGGGAGAUUUAUCGUAUCAAGACGGCUUGUAAACACACACCCUGGUAUGAGAAGUGCAAAUGGUACUUUCAUACGGCAACGGAAGGCUGUCCUCGUGCGGGAGAACCUGACCCCAAGGAAGCAAAUUCGAGACCAGGUCAGCGACAACGAGGUCGUAACGAGGGUUGGAACCGUGGGUUCAGAGACGCGGCAAGAGAUGCGGGUGAAAGGGCGAACGGAAGCAAUGAAGCGGAGUCCUCCAACAGAGGCGGUCAAAUGAGGUCAAACACUCAGGGUCAAGGCAGUAGGAUGGAAGUCARCAGACCGGCGGGAAGAGGCGAUGGGUCGAYUGGUAAUCGCCAAGGGGCAAGUCAAGUCAUUGGUCAGGGGCAGGGUCUCUAUCAACACCCUCCCCCCCAUGCUGGCAUACCUUCGGGUAUGCCGGGUCUUGACCUCCAGCAGUGGAAUGUGUAUUAUCAACUGAUGAAUCAGGAUCCAAGAUUGGGCAUGCCGACAGCAUGGCCAGGACAGGGGUCAACUCCAUAUUACGCACCUCCAUAUGGCUUCAACCAACGGCCAGGAGGGCCGGUUAUGCAGUACAGUCCGCAAUAUGUGCCACCGACUUCUUUAACGCAAGGCGUAUUGCCUAUGGACCUUUCACUGGUUGGAGGGCCCUCAGCCACCGGAGGUUAUCGCCCUCCCAGUACCGAGCAAGACGGAAUCCGAGAGAUACAUCAAGUCACGUCCUCCGGAACCAGCGGAAGCUUGAAGGAAGCAGCCAGGUCACCCUCUCCUGGACGCAUUCUGGAGGGCGUAGAGAUCCAAGGAUACGAAGAGAAAUGGCUCUUGCCACUUGUUUGCACGCUCCAAGGUCAGGAAAUACACGUCAUUGGCCUCGUUAAUAAGGAAGGUAAGAUGUCUCUGCCUGGUACUCAAUUGGACGGUAUGGCUUCUCCUGAACUGAUUCUUCGCAAGGUCAGGGAAUUGUUUGCAGAUCGUUUCUUUUUUAGGAUCUGUCCAGAGGGUUUGCAGCCGAAGAUUGGUGUUGAUUUACCAGGGGGUAAAAGGAUUAGAUAUUCGAUCCCUCUUAUCGAUGCUCGAAUUAGGGACGAUCAGUGGAGCAACAUCAACCGAGUAGGUUUGACGAGCGUUUCUCUGUCCGCGUUUAUAACUCCGUCGAUAGCCAUGCUGUCACAGAUUCAGGUUGAGCCCGGUAUCACAGCGCCUGCGUUGGUAGAUUUGAAUAAGAAACUGCCUCGCUGGCAGAACUUGUCUUCCAUGAUGUUCGCCCUUUCCGACCAUUGGCCAGAAAGUGGUAGAAAUGGCCAAGGCACUGAAGAAAGAAACACCACUCACCUCAUCCAAUCUCAAGGCAACCCAUCCGGAAUUAAUGAGUAAACUCCGCAUAGUAUCUUGGAAUGUGCAAGGGUUAGGGGAUUCGAAUGGUAAAGAGAAAGGAAAGCGGCUUAAGUCA